UAUGCGACAACCUGUUUACGUCAUGGCGUCGGUGGAUUUGAGAGACAACCUCCUGGGAAUAUCCUGGGUCGAUAGCGGAUGGGUGCCGAUAUUGAACCAUGGCAAUGUGCUGGACUAUUUUUCCGAGCGAAGCAACCCAUUCUAUGACCGAACCUGCAAUAACGAAGUGGUAAAGAUGCAGCGUCUCACACUGGAGCACCUGAACCAGAUGAUUGGAGUUGAAUAUAUUCUUCUUCAUGCUCAGGAGCCAAUUCUAUACAUAAUCCGUAAGCAACAGAGGCAGUCACCUUCACAAGUGAUACCCUUAGCUGACUACUACAUCAUAGCAGGAGUGGUGUAUCAAGCUCCUGACUUGGGAACAGUUAUUGGCUCCAGAGUGCUUUCUGCUGUCCAUGGAAUCCAGUCAGCGUUUGAUGAGGCCAUGUCCUAUUGUCGCUACCACCCGUCCAAGGGAUACUGGUGGCACUUCAAAGACCAGGAAGAAAGAGAAAAAACUAAGCCAAAGUCUAAGAAGAAGGAGGAGCCCAGUUCACUAUUUCAGAGGCAGCGUGUUGACACACUUCUGUUGGACCUCAGGUCAAAGUUUCCCCCAACCUUUUAUCAGCCCAAGCCUGGCGAGAAACCUAUUCCAGUUGAGGUAAAGAAGGAGCCUGAACCUCCCACAGAAACGGUGAAACAGGAAGAGAGGGAGCCCGCCACCAAGUCCUCGGCCCCGGCACCCCCGAGCAAAGCGCCCCCUGAGAAACGGGCGAGGCUACAGUGACGUACCCUCUCAACACAGUUCGGGAAGAAACGGUCAUUAAACUCUGCUGCAUGUAACAGUUGGGGAAGAUGAGUAUUUCUGUCCCCUCGUCCAGACUUUAAGAGAGCCGUCGACUGUUGCUCUUCGGAUAUGGUCUGCAGGAUGCUUAAAACAAAUCGCCCAUCAGCUGCCUGUUUCCCAGCCAGAGCUACUUUUCCAAUGAAACACUUGGACUUGUGUGCUUGAUACUCUUGGUAACACGUUUUUCAAGUAGCUAUUAAGGAUUAACUACUUGAUGUCUGUGCAUAUUUCAAGUCUUGGUGUAGAGAGCCCUUGGAGUUUAUGAUGUUGUGAAGGAGUUAUUUGCUGAUAAGCUGACGUCAGCUCCAGCUUCCAGAUCACGUCACCAUGAGGUAGUAACCUAAGAUGUGUCAUUAAGCAGACUUGCAAUAUCAAGAAGCUGUUCGGCUGUAUUUCGUUGUGUAACUUACCACAUAACCCUAAAAUAUUUAUGGACUAUUAACAGACCUGUUGUUCUUGUGUAAGAAACACGUGGGUUUUUUUUGGGUUUUUUUUUUACAGGAGAUUUCCUCUUGUUUUUGUAGUUAAAUUCAGUAUUUGUUAUACAGAUUUGUCUGACAUUCGGAAUGUGCUUUUGCAAUUCUGAUGAUUGUCCCCCCCCCCCUCCCGUAUUUUUGAAUAAAAUCUCAUCU